CAAUUGCUCGCUCGCUCGUAUCCCUGACAGUUGUCCAAUAUGGCUGCAAAGAUCCCUACUCUGUCUGCAAGCGCAGUCGCUGAACUCACUUCUCUGCUAGAAGAAUACACGGCUUUUCCCAAGCCUCGCCUCCCUGGUACCUUUCUCACAGUCAGCUCUACAAACCCCAACGCUCCUCUCUUCCUUGAUGCCAAAGGAUCUCGCAAUGCUACCGCAGACUUCACCGAUGAUCCUCGCGGGCCAGUGACACCAAAGACGCUGCUCUACAUUGCUUCGUGCACAAAGUCCAUCGUGGCCAUCUCCCUCUUGUUGCUCAUGCAGGAGGGCAAGAUCAAGAGUCUAGAUGAGUCUGUUGAUCCUUACAUUCCUCAGAUGAAGGCCAAUGGGGUGCUGAACACGAAGACAGGGGAGAUCGAACCUGUGCACAAAGACAAAGAUAUUACGAUCCGCAUGCUGAUGGACCACACGUCUGGCUCUACUUACCCUUUCAAGGAAGCCAGCCUGCACGCCUGGGCAGAAAAGAAGGGGCAGCCUUCCGCCUUUUCCCUCACAAAAGCGGCCUUCGUCGAUCUCCCCCUCCUCUUUCAGCCAGGGGAGGGAUGGAGCUAUGGCUUUGGACUGGACUGGGCCGUGCUGCUCAUCGAGAAGCUCCUCGGUGAUGGGACUACCUUUGCGCAGUUUGCCCAGAAGAGGAUCUUCGACCCGCUAGGUAUGAAGAAGUCAACUUUCACCCCCAGAGAUCUUGUUGCCUCGACUGCAGCAGCCGAAGGGGUCCCAGAUGAUGCCAAGGCAAUGUACGCCUCCAAGCAUGGUAUGGAAAUCCAUUGGAGAGAGGAAGACGGCUCGCUGGUCCCUGUGACGAAGCAAUACCCGCGACCUGCGGGGGCGAUUUGGGAAGGAGAAGGGGCAGCUGCACCAGAUGUAGCCAGCGGAGGAGCAGGUCUGGUCAGCACAAUUGAGGACUACGGACGGUACCUCUCCUUCCUUAUCGCUCUCUCAAAGUUCCCCGCUUCUUCAGCCGAGGCUGAGAAGCUCUCCAUCCCCUCUUCGGUCUUCAUAGACCCUUCCAUCUCUCGCCAGCUCUUCACACCGCACCUGUCAGAUGCCCAGAUCCCGGGGCUUGUGAGGACGCUCGAGGACGAGGGUGUCGUGGCUCCCAAGGGGGGAUACGCCAAUCUUCAGCACACUUCGGGCUUGGCGUAUCUCCCAAAGGGCACCGAGGCUGGAGUGACGCAAGGCUCGGUCUUCUGGAGUGGCAUCACCUGCCUGUUCUACAUUGUCGAUCCGACGAAGGAGAUUGCGGUGAUGCUGGCUACGCAAAUCCUGCCGUAUGCGGACCCGAUGUGGAAAGAGCUCCUGUACAAGUGUGUCAAGGUAAUCUACGGCGGUCUGGAGUGAGGGGUGAGGGCAUGAUGGAGCCGAGAUCAGGAGCCCGUCUGUUGCCGUUGUUAGUAUUACAGCCUUUGACUCAAUCACCAGCUUCAGAUCCCUCAGACAUUCUCAUCGCGAAUGGAUAUGAGUAGAGUAUGGAAUUAUGCACGGUGAGGAGCUUUAUGGCAGCUGAUCGACUAUGUACAAUGAACUGACAUUCGGAGAGCUGCGACGAUGGCGUCGAGAGUAUGGGCUGCUGCGACG